GACCAGAGGGCAGGAAGGGACUAGAAGCCUAUGGACGAACACACCCGCUUUGUCCUGGGAGAUUGGCUUGUCCCGGCCCAGGACGAGGACCAGCCAUCACCAUGGUGAAGCUGGGCUGCAGCUUCUCCGGGAAGCCGGGCAAGGACCCCGGGGACCAGGAUGGGGCUACCACGGACAGCGUCCCUCUGAUCAGCCCCCUGGACGUCAGCCAGCUCCAGCCACCAUUCCCGGACCAGGUGGUUAUCAAGACACAGACAGAAUACCAGCUGUCCCCCCCGGACCAGCCAAAGAAGUUCCCCGACCUGGAGGCCCAGAAGCUGGCCUGCAACCACCCUGAGGAAGGACGCAGGCUGCCCACGGCGCGGAUGAUCGCCUUUGCCAUGGCGCUCCUGGGCUGUGUCCUGAUCAUGUACAAGGCCAUCUGGUAUGACCAGUUCACCUGCCCCGACGGCUUCCUGCUCCGGCACAAGAUCUGCACCCCGCUGACCCUGGAGAUGUACUACACCGAGAUGGACCCCGAGCGCCACCGCAGCAUCCUGGCAGCCAUCGGGGCCUACCCGCUGAGCCGCAAGCACGGCACGGAGACGCCCUCGGCCUGGGGGGAGGGCUACCGCGCCGUCAAGGAGGGACCCAAGGCGCCCACCCAGGCGGGGUCGGCGGCGGCGGCGGCGGCGGCCACCGAGCCCCCCGGGAAGCCCUCGGCGCCGGGAGAGAAAGAGGCGGCGCGGAAGGCGGCAGGCAGCGCCCCGCCCCCGGCCCCCCAGUGAUGGCCCCUCCGCACCUGCAGCCCGGGUGGGCGGCGAGGGGGGACGCGGGCCCACCUCGCAGCGCCGGCUCUCGCCCCUGCUUCCCUCUGUCUUGGCAGCGCCCCCUGCCGGCACCUGUGACCGCCCUCGCCCGACGCUCUCCCAUCUCGUGGUCGUGCCCCUGCUUCCAGGACCCCUCGCUGACGCCCCCUGCCCCCGAGCUUGCAGCUCUGUUGCUUUUCUCUAAGUAAAGAUUCAUAUCCACCUGG